AUGUCGACAUCUUCUACACCUAUACCAAUGGCAGGAGUUGAACCCGACCUCUCUUGGUAUCUAUUAAACCCUCAAAUCGACGAGCAUGUAAUAGCAAGAUACUAUCCUAGAGAAAACAAUGAAGUCACUAGAGUAGCUUGGAAGGAGAUCUUAGAAUCUACCACCCAAUCACUCCAACUAGAGAUUCAACGAGUUUUCAAGGAUGUAUUUACGCAGACAGGGCAAUUGGAGCAAAGACUUUCAGACCAGCAGUCUGAAAUAACAGCUGCCAAUGUUCGCCUGGCUGCAGUAGAAAAUGCGAAUGUACAAUUGAGGACGGAUUAUACUGUGCUCGUAGAGCAAUUAAAUCAACAUGUGGCACAAGUGGCACAACAACCUGCAACAAGCAUGUCGCACGAACAAGAGGAAAGAAGGUUCAGGAUUGUGCAACCAGGAAGGUUCGCAAACAAUUCAAAGGAACAGACCUUUGAACAAUUCGUUGAAAAACUGGCUGUAUGGUACACGCACCAAAAAGUAACUUCGGACAGAGACCAAAUUACCGGUGUACUUGCUUUGUUGGAAGGCCGCGCCCACGUAGUGGCCGGUAAUUAUUAUUGCAUGGUUAAAGACGCCAAAGAUUUGGGGAAAUAUGAAGAUUUCCUACACCAAAUGAGGAGGGCCUUUACCAUGAUGGAUCAAGAAGAAGAUGCACGUCAAGAAUUCCUAAAGAUGCUUAGGAAAUAUGACAAGGUCUCGGCAGCUGACACUGCCAAGUUUAUUGGAGAAUUCAGAGGUCUGGCAGACCUCAUGAAGUCAACAGAUAAUGAAUUAAUCGCUGCAAUCUAA